UCAUUUUAUCGCACCGAGGAGGCAAUAUUUGAUUUCAGAACAGAAGCGAGUAAAUACUGGAUAGUGCUUUUUUGGCUGAUUUUAUCUAUUUCUUCGUUCGAACAAUUGUCUUGUAUUGAUUAAGUGAAUCGACACAGAUUAUGCGGAUAGCUACGGUUUUGUACGGAGAUUACCGAACGAGCUACUUCUGUGAUCUGUGUUAAGUGUCAACCGUAGCAAACGUCUCGGUAAUUACCUAAACAUAAAUAGACGUUUCCUGGAAAGCAAAGCAAAAAUAUGAUCGGUCGAAUGAUGCGAAAUGCCAGUAAGCGCAGCGAUAAUGUGCUGUUAUGUUUGCUAGUUAUUGUUUUCUUCUGCGUAUAUCAAGUCCGAGCAGAAGACAUCCAGUAUUGUUCAUUCUUCAGUAACCGUGCACCGUCGCCGCAACCAACUCUGAAGAACUGCACAUGGUUUCAGAGUAACAGUUGCUGUAUGCAAGAAGAAAUUGCUGCCACCUUCGGUAAUGUCAAACCAUUACCUGGUGCCAACGAAAAAUGUCAAAACUACCUAAACUAUCUAAUGUGUUACAUCUGUGCCCCAAAUCAGAAUGUUUUCUACCUUCGUGAGAGAUUGACCGUUUGUAAAGAAUUCUGCAAUAAUUUCUAUGAAGCUUGUCGUUACGCCAUUUUGAAGGGAUCAAUCGUUGGAAAUUUAUACUCUAAUGGCAGUGAAUUCUGUCUCAGUCGAAGCUUUAAAGUGGACGAUGCAGGCAAUGGUAAAUGCUUCAACCAUGACUUUCAGGAGGAAACUACUGAUGGUGUAAUGUAUACUGUCUAUCCUAUGCUCGAACUACUAAUUGGAGCACUGUUAUUACAAUGCCUUCUAGUCUGGGAAAGUUGGUCUGUAGGUUAGCAGUGAUCUAUCAAACGAAAUUGUUGACUAAAAACAUGUUAAGAAACUAUAAAUAUUGUUAUUAUUAUCACCCGAUUUGGUCCAUUUCUACAGUAGAAAAGCAGAAAAAGAUCGACUGCUAAAGGUUUGUUAACUGAUGAUGAAGCUAUUUUGGUUUCUUGUAUUUAUUAUUGCAGUUUGUAAAUAUCGACACCAGAAAGUGAACGAAGGAUCGUUUCAUGUACGGAUGUAUGAUUAAAUGGGACUAUUGCAGAGAUGUAUAUCUCUUAGCAACUGGAAUGAACACACACACACACACACACACACACACACACACACGUACUCCCUCUCUCUCUAUCUAUCUAUCUAGCUAUUUAGCUAGCUAGCUAUUUAUAUAUGCAUACCUAUAUAUAUAGAAAUAAUUCACACACACACACACACACAUAUAUAUAUUUAUAUAUAUAUAUGCAUGUAUGUAUGUUUUUUAUGUGAGUUUAUAGAAUUAGUGUGUUUGCAUUGUGGUAAAAAUUCAAUAACUUUUAAAUAUCUAUUGCAGACACAUUUAGAAAUAUUGUUUCUUGUUUAUUUUCUUUUUUCUUUUCUGUUUUAGUUCAUUUCUUUUUUAAUUAUAGUUCUUAGUUGUUUUUAAUAUUUAGGAAAGUUUCCACUAGGACAGUUUUAGUCUGUUAACAAUUACAAUAUCAUUUUAUACUGUAAAAAAUCUGAUAUUUUCUUUAACAAAUCAACUUCAGAUACAUAGAUUAUAUUUUAGACUUACUUCCAAAUCUUUGAAAGUUAUUUUAUCUUAUUACAUGAACACAACAUGCACAUAUAUACACAAAUAAUAAAACAG